AGGACAAGGCUUCAAUUGAUGCGCUUGAGUGCUGCUGUUUGUGGGAUUGAGUUCUGCUAUGCAGCAGAGUCAGCUUUUGUUGUUCCAAUCCUCCUUUCCAUUGGUAUGCCAAUUACAUAUAUGUCGCUAGUAUGGUGUUGCAGCCCAUUGCUUGGAUUCUUUAUCGUGCCAUUACUAGGAUCUAUAAGUGACAGAUGUACAUGCUCUUUAGGACGAAGGCGACCAUUUAUUAUAACCCUAUCUAUUGGGAUUAUAUGUGGUUUAAUUUUGGUGCCCCAUGGUAAAGCGAUAGCCAAAUACUUUGACCCACUUGGUAAUGAAACACACCUAAGCAGCAAUAUAACCAUCAAUGGUACAAUCAACACAACGUCUGACCAAAGGACAGGCAAACCAUACCUGACUGGGAUAAUCCUGACAAGCCUGGGAGCAGUUCUGUUAGACUUCAGUGCGGAUGCCUCCCAGCCAUCAUGUAGGGCAUACAUGCUGGAUGUCACAAAUGGGGGUGACCAUUCAACAGGACUAUCUACAUUCACCAUAUUUGCGGGACUUGGUGGAACCCUGGGCUAUAUCAUUGGAGGUAUAGAUUGGGGUUCACUAACGGGAAACAAGUCAUUCAUCAGUGGUCAAGUUGCAUUUGUAUAUGCAGCAGUGCUGGUUAUUUACAUAACAUGCAUCUUAGUUACUGUGACAAGUUUUCCAGAGAAACCUUUUAAAAGAAAUAUUAAAUCAUCUCAUAAGAUUGCAAAGCCACACGAGGAGGUAGAAUCUUUCACAAAAGUAGUGGACCAAAAUACAGCCCACAAUGUGUUCUCUAUUGAUAAUGGAGCUACAUAUCAAGAUGAUAAGAUCAAAAGUUCUGAAAGUGCAAUUAACAAGGCGUUUAUUCCAGAUGAAGAUGCAAAACCAGAAUUGUCAAAAGUGACCAAGGAAAAUGGAGGAAAUGAAGUAUCGGAAAUUGUUCUUAAAGUAAUUCCGCGGCACCUAGAUGGACAAAAUUCCACCAAAAUCACAGACACUGCAGGAAUUACUUUAGAAUUUGAAACCAACAGAAAUGCAGAACAUGAUAUUUCAAAAGCUACUUGGGAAGUUGAUUCAGAGAUCGAUAAACCACAAAAUGAGGACCAAUCGCUUAUAAUGUACCUGAAAACAAUUAUAAAAAUGCCAAAAUCACUUGCCAUUCUUUGUUUGACAAAUUUUUUCUGUUGGAUGUCAUUGCUGAGUUAUUCUCUCUACUUCACAAACUUUGUCGGUCAGAGUGUGUAUGGGGGGGACCCGACUGCCCCGGAGGGAUCUGAGAAACUGGCACUAUAUCAGGAAGGUGUGCAAAUAGGCUCCUGGGGGAUGUCCUUAUAUUCCCUCUCUUGUUCGUUCUACUCUCUUAUCAUCGAGAAAUUGGUCAGAAGAUUCAGUGCCAAGCCAGUGUAUGUGAUAAGUCAAUUGGUCUACACAGUUGGGAUGAUAGUAAUGGCGACAGUAAGACACCCAAUUGCUGUUAUAGUGCUGUCACCAACUGCAGGGGUGAUGUACGCAACGCUACUCAAUAUGCCAUACAGUCUUGUGGCCCACUACCACAUUAAUAAUAAGUUUAGUAACACUGAGAGCAAGUCUACAAAGGAACAUACACGAGGAUUGGGAACAGACAUCGCUGUAGUGAGUAGUAUGGUGUUCUAUGCACAGUUGUUGCUAUCAGGCUCAAUGGGGGCGAUCAUUGAGGCUGUAAAUACAACGAUGGUUCCUGUUAUAGCAGCAGCGUUGUUCAGUCUAUGUGGGGCUAUUUCUGCAACACAGGUUGUGUA